GCGUUUUAGCGGAAACAGAUUACGAUUGCGAGCAACAGUGGAUCAAAUAUGGCGGCGUGCAUCAGCUGAAUGAAUUUUUGACCGAUAAGCAACUUCAAAUGCGGUAUGCUUUUCUCCCGUGUUACGACAUGGGUUAAGCUUCCCAAUGGUAGCACAUUCCAGAAGAGAUUCGCAUGUUCCUCGAAGUUGAGAGGUGCAUGGGGAAAUGCCGGGAUAUACCGAGGACGCGGGAACAGCACUCGUGUGAUUCUCCGUACAAGAAUCUGGAGAAGUUGUCAGAACACGAAAGUAUGGGUGACGGCAUAUCACACGUCCGCAACUGUACUUAAAGAGGAGAAACCGCCCAUGACAGAGGUGCAGGCCACUAUCGUUAAAGCCGUCGCUGGUAAUCGUCGUAAACUGGACUUAACUAAAGAGUACACGGAGCGAAACUUUGUAACCCCAGUGAGGGUGAUGACGGAAUACCUCCUCAAGCCUGGCGAUCUCGAGGGCCUGCGUAAAAUUGAGCGACGGAGUCCAUUCGAAGAUACGCCUCCCAUAACUGUCUACCUCAGGAGGGAUGUGGAAUCUAAGGCACUUGAAGUCUGGGGAUCUUAUGAAGCCAUCGACAAAGAAAGGGACAGGCGUCGCAGGGAGGAGCAGAAGUAUCAAGAAAAUAUAUCCACCGUUAAAAACAUAUUAAAAGAAUACCAACGAGCUGAACGUAAAAAUCAAGAAGCAUUGCGCAGGGAACAGAUACUUAAAGGCUCUGGCCGCGUCGUCCACACGGCCGUGGUAGUCAAUGCCACCAACUUUGCUUUCAAGACACUCGCCUGGCUCUACACGGGCUCUCACAGCAUGUUUGCAGAAGCCAUUCACUCUCUGUCGGACACGUGUAAUCAGCUCAUCUUGGCCUUCGGCAUUCGCAAAUCCAUCCAGGAAGCCAAUCCGGAUCAUCCGUACGGCUACCACAACAUGCGCUACGUGUCGUCCCUCAUCAGCGGCGUCGGCGUGUUCUUCUUUGGUGCCGGCCUCGCAUGGUAUCACGGCAUCAAAGGCCUGCUCCUCCCCACGGAGUUGGAGUCCUUCUACUGGGCGUUCUUCAUACUGGGAGGAUCUCUCAUUUCUGAAGGAGGGACACUGCUGGUGGCAUAUAAUGAAGUCCGCAAGUCUGCACGCCGGGAAAAGAUCAGCAUGUUUGAGUAUGUUCGACGAAGUCGAGACCCGAGCGUCAACGUUGUGCUGCUGGAAGACAUGGCAGCGGUUGUCGGCGUGAGCAUUGCAGCAGCUUGCAUGGGGCUCUCCACGGUCCUCGGCAACCCUGUGUACGACGCCGUGGGUUCCCUCAUCAUUGGCACAGUACUCUCCUCAGUAGCUGGAUUUAUUGUAUAUUCCAAUGCUGUUGCAUUGGUUGGCAGGUCCAUUCCAUUUGAAGCUAUGCAGCAGAUAAACAAGGAGCUCGAGAGUGAUGUGAUGAUUAGAGCAAUUCAUGACGUAAAAGCAACCGAUAUGGGCAACAGCGUUGUGCGAUACAAGGCUGAAAUCGAUAUCGAUGGUAGGGAGUUGACUCGGUCGUACCUGGACACUCAAGACCUUGAGCUUCUUCUGGAAGAGGUGAUGAACAUAGAGACGAUAGAGCAGCUGGAUGCCUUCAUGCUGAAACAUGGGGAGAACAUCGUCGACCUUCUCGGGGCACAAGUGGACAGAAUAGAAAGCAACUUAAAGAAACGCCACCCUGAAGUGCGUCAUGUUGACUUGGAGGUGCUGUAAUGCGAUACCUAACCACUUCGGAUCCCUGCUGCUUCUGUACAUAUAUCUAUGGCUGUUCAAGGUGGACUAUAUUGUAGUUAUAGAAUACUCUAUAAUGUGUAAUUAAAGUGUCAAAUGUACAAGGA